CAUGAAAUAUAAAAAUUUGUAAGCAGGCAAAUCCAGGGCGAUUCCUUGUUUGAUAACAAACUGAUUGUAUUUUUGAAUAUUUGUCUCACUUUAGAUUCAUGUCAUGAGUAACAAGUUCAAGUAUACUGUUCGAACACCAAACAUGCCUUUUGCUUCUGCGUUCAAGAGCACAAACUAGAUUUGAAAAAAUGAGCAAGGCGAGCAGUGCAGCUACAUCCAAGGAAAAGCGAGGUGGACCUCAACAGGGGUCGUCGGUGUCGUCACGCACGACCGGUGAUGCGAAAAUGCUAGGCUUGGAUGGUUCGCAGGUCGUCAACUGCGACCCUUUUUCACAAGACUCCUGUGUUUCAGUAGUGGCCUUCCCUGGAUGUGUCAAGAAUCCGACCAAAGCUGUGGCUCUCUUGAACGGCAUCAAUUCCAUCCAUCAGGCGGUUGUGAGCAGUAGCGUCAACGGUGACGCCAAUUUGUACUGCCGGUUGGGGGAUCGCAACAUUUUUUACCCACCACUCGGACCAGCCAACAAAAAAGGAGUCAAUCACGUACUGGUCGCACGCAAUAAACUUAAGGCCUGAAAAAUGAAUAAAAUCCAAAUGAUUAUACCAGACAUAAUUCUAAGUCAUAAGACGAAAUAUUUUUUCCUCAGGCUCUUCCUUGACUAAGUCAGCAAACGAUGAACUAGCAGGAACAUCAGACUACGACAAAAAAGGACUCAGCAUUCACGAAACUAGUAGGUUCGAUUCAACUCACGUAGCAUGAUUGUCAAGUCGUGAAAGAUACUUCCUCGAAUUAGUGCACUGGCGCAUUACGUUUUGUUGGUCACUGCCGUUACCGUUUCGAUUUUGCUAUGUGCGCCGAUUUUCAGUUCGCUGCGCCAAGGUCGCUUCAUUAUGGCGCAUCUGUGAUCUCCGCAGCAUCCAUAGCGCAGGAGCUCGGGGAGCUAGAGGGUGGGUCCGGUGCAUCAAGUGCAGCUGCACCAGAUUCCAGUAAGACGAAAGAGCGUUCUACAACAACUAGCGACAAGAAGCAAGUUUCGUCCUCAAGUUCGAAGCACGGGAACAGCGUCUCGUUGAAGGAGACUCUGAUCGAGUCUUUGUAUCUGCCGCCACCAGUUUUCACGAAAGCGACAAUGCCGAUGGACUACAACUUCGAGGAAAAUCCAUUAGCAAAAGAGACAGAACGCGAUGAGACGGUCAAACGCAGCUGGAUCCCUCUCCAAAUGAUGAAGUGUGACUGCCGCGAGGUGCCCCACAGGUUAUGUCCAAGGACUGUUUUAUAUUUUUUGACUCAACAGGAAAAAGUUCUAAUCAAUGGAGUAUUUUUACCAUAACCAAUAAAUAUAUAGCCAUUUUUCCAUCAGUAGCAUGAGCCUCAUCUUGUCUAACCCACGCUCCUGAUGGCGCUGACACAACGUCGUAUUUCCACCGGGUCGCGAUUACUGGGGCGACGAGAGAGCGUGAGCUGUUGGAGACGUGCAUGCGAUUGUUUCAAGAGCGGCCCAUAUGGACUCGCGCUGCACUUCUGGACCGCAUCGAGGACGCUUCGUUGCAUGUAACGUGGUGGCUGCAGAGGGCUUUGCAGGCAGUAAGUUACAUCUGGGAAAACGGGCCCUUUCGUGGGUCUCACUGUCGUCUUGGGUACGACCCGAGGUUGAAAGCGGAAGACGGAAAAUACCAAGUAAUCGACUUCCGUGACGAAAUCCUGAAGGGACCGGAAGUGAACAUCUCAAAAAAAGCUGUUAUGAUGAGAGGAAUACACAAUAGUCGCAUAGAUUGAUAUAUUAUAACCAUAUACGACCCAAGAUAGCAGCAACCAUACUCAUCGUCCUAGGUCUUGCUAAUUGAGCGUUUGUUUGUAAAUGUGACUGCUUUGUGGUUCUGAUAAUUAGCCUUGACUACUUAGCCCCGCCCGGAUCCGGCUUAGUACGAUUUCUUCUCCGGGCGCCAAUUGUCGCUCUCCCUGAUCCUCCAACAUCCCCUUCUAAUGACUUUUCGCCUACGUCAACGGUGGCGAAGCCUGACGUGCGUUUCCGGGUACCACCUACCAAUCGAUCCCAGCUGUACCAAUUAUGCGACAUCGAGGAUGAUGUGAUUCAGUCCAUUAUCGCUACACGACUGAAGGAACGAGCCGAGGAAACGACGCCUCUAGAUCGCUCUGAUCAUUUUGGCUGGCUUAACGAAAAAACCCUGAAGAAGAUUCGGGAUCGCAUGCAAGUGAAAUCCGCAUUGAUGCGCGAUAGCUCCACGAGUACUAAGUUGCUUUACCUGGAGGACCACAUUGUCGGAUGAGGACCGGAGAGGACACAACGCGCGUCUCCCUCCACAUGCAAAAAUAGCACGAAUCUUUGCUUUUGCCCAGUGCGCGCUUUUUUUAGAUACGAUGCGUCGAAGUCGGACACAACUGUGCGCAUAUUUGCAGGCAAGUAAAUAGCCUUCGUUUAGUGCGAAGUUGGCGUUUCGCGCCCUUUACGCCAGACCCUCGGAGCCGCGGCGGAUUUGGCAACGAACGCAACAUGCGUGGAUCUUACUCUGCGUUUCUAGAUUUCUGUGCAAAGACGCACAGUGUCUUCCACAAAGGAAGGACCGACACGCGCGGUUUUCGGCACGGCUAUCCUAGGAUCAGAGCUACGAGAGUCAGGGAGGCUGUGCGCGCUUUGUUGUGCAAAGUAAAGGAUUCGGAUAGGGCGAGAGUCGCACCAUUGCGCCAUCGCGUGCUUCCUUAGUAGUGCUAUCUCGCGUAUGCCUUGGAAGACUUAGUAACCAGGACAUUCUACACUGCCGCUGCCCAUCAUGGCAUCCGUGAUAAAAUUCGAGAAGAAUUAUGUUGAACGUUUUUUUUCAGCGAGACCACCCAAGGCUGAGAUGAC